UUUCAAAUGUUUGUAGCUAUGACAAAGAAAGUUUAGUCACAAUUGCUCCACUUAACCAGCUCAAACACAUAUCUCAAGCUCCAUUUAUUAUACGAUGGCUGCUGUUCCAAAACAUGCUGCAUCAACUUUCAAUAAAAUAAUGCCUUUGUUCAACCGGGUGCUGGUAAGGAAACGCAUUACGACCGAAACUGAAGGUGGAAUCGUCCUACCCGACAACGUUAAAGAGAAAUACUUCAAAGGGGUCGUAAUGGCCGUUGGUCCAGGUUCGUACAGAGACAACGGGAAACAAAUCCCAGUCGUCGUCCAACCUGGUGACAACGUUUUACUACCCGAAUAUGGAGGCACUAAAGUUGAAAUUGACGGCGAGAAGCUGUUUUUGUACAGAGAAAAUGACAUCCUGGCCAAAAUUUCAUUUUAAAUUGCUUACAAUGUUUUUACUGCAUUAAUAAAGACUGUGAGUUAAAA